UCCUUUGCGCGCGUCACGUCUCCCUUGAAAGCACGAAUAAUAUAAUUAAAAGUUGCGCGCGUCAUUCCCGCUAAACGAACAUCCAUCCCUAUUCAAAACUGGGUUCCUACAGGCAGUGCAAAUCACAAAGUGCAGGAGGCAUUAAUUAAUUUAAUGCACCUCCCGCUUAUCCUGGGAGUACAAAGCCAGAAACACAAUACAUUCUAUGCGGCGGCGAGUGAUUGAGAGUUCAAAGAACCGCUUUAAAGGAUACCUGUGCCGUGUCCUGAGUGUGUGUGUGUGUCCCCUUAGUGUUUGUUUUCCGUGCACGCCACCCAUAACAACAGCAGGACUCACGAUAAGCGAUAAAAGGUGGGGCGAUUAAGUCAUCCUCCCGCAACACCAUCCUGCGAAUUAGUAUUAACUGGAUUUUCAAGGAUAUAAAAAACUCUUCACCAAACAAACCAGAGUACAAUAACACACACGAAAUGUUCCAUGUUAGUCCUCCUCGAACAGAAAUUCGGUUGUCUAUAAGUGACUAGACCAACCAACCAACCAAUCAGGACCCUAUACAAGCCCCGAAUCCCCAAAAAGAAACCAAAUCAAGAACAGGAUGCACCAGGUACUCAGCUACGAGACGGCGGUGAGGGCCAACAGCUCCCGCGAGUUCCGUGAAUACGUUUCCAAGCGCACUUGUGCCUCCCUGGUGCUAACGAUUGCCUUCUUCAUGCUGAUAACAGGAUACUUGCUGGGCAAUUUUGUGGCCGAGCGCAAGUAUCACAUUCGCCAGAUGACAAAGAGCGUAAUUAAGGACGUGGACGGUGAGAGGUCUGUGAAGCUGAACAGCGAGGAGUAUGUGAGCCUGCAAGAGCUACAGACGUACCAGAAGUCCAAGGGUCAGUUGCUGGUGUCCGCCCAGGUCCUGGACAAGUUGCAGCAGCAGGAUGAGAGCGAGCGGUAUCUGGCCACCUCGCUGAACACGGAGAUCUUUAACAAGUACAUAUCCUGCACCCAGGACAUACCGCCCAACACGAACAUCGCGGCUAGCCAGUUUAUCGAGCAGCUGGUGGACAACACCGUGGCCAGGCAGCGUCAUUGCAUGCGGAUUAUCCAGGUGGUAAUCGAUAAUCACCUGGCCAACAGCCAGCUGUAGGAGAUGCAGGAUGUGAAAACGGUUUAGCGGGCCCAAGUGCAAAAUGUGCCAUAAUUGCGAAAUUAUUUACAUAAAUGUAUGUGCUUCUAGGUGUGCUCAAUGUGUGUGUUUCCAGCUAAUUAGAAUGUAAUUUUGUAUGUCGUUGGUAUAGUAUUUACUUGCCCUAGUUUUUUUAUACA